GAUAAAUGAAUAAGCACAUGCAUCACAACACUCCUUGAUUUGUGGUAAGAUAUUUUUUCCACUCAUAAAAAGUGUGCACCGAGAUUAGUCCAAGAGAAAAAGAGAGCUUGACGCCAAACGCGGCUGCUGUUCUACCGAAAAUCGAUCCGAAACAAUCUUUCUCCUAUCCAUGGAAGGUAAGCACUCUGAUCUCCUUUAUGUUUCCAUUAAUUUUCUCUGCGAUGUCCUUGAAUAUUCAGCGUCUUCAACGCCAACCGGGUUGCACUGCAACAAUCCGAACGCACAAAAACUGGCAUUAAAUAGGUUAUUCCUCUUCUACUUCUUUGCCACUCUGUCUUUUUCAAAGAUGGCGAGGUCAAUUUCCAAUCUCAGAGAGGAGAAAUGAAUUGAUUAUCAGGCAGGAUAUGCGCUUGGGCGCAAAAAUUUAAAAAAAAUUCUUCAUUCAGCUUCUGCAGUUCUGCUAGGUUAUUUGGAGUUCGACGAUGGGGAUUUAUUAGGAGAAUGCAAAUUGAGGAUUUGAUUUGAACAUAAGAUGCACAUUUAUUCUUGUUGGUACUUAGGAUUGCCUUUGAGGACCUUUGCAGGUGUUUUUUGAAUAGAUGAGACGAGGAGCUAUUUGUAUUUGAGUUCUUUUUGUAAGUUCAUAUGCUAUGGUUUUUGCAAUGGUUGGGUCCUUCAACAUGGAGAAGAAGUGGGUGUUACCUUUUGCUAUCAGCGCACUCAUAUGUGUAUUUCUUCUUGCCACCUUCUUCAAUAUGGGCCUGCUCUCUUCAAAUUUUACCUAUCACAUUUCAUUAAAUCAAACAAGCCCAGGCAAUGCUGAAACCAAAAUUAAACAACUUAUGCCUUCUCCUGUUCCUUCCAUUCCGCACUUUGCUUAUUUGGUAUCCGGAUCAAAAGGUGAUUUAGAAAAGCUUUGGAGAACAUUGCAAGCAUUGUAUCAUCCUCGGAAUUACUAUGUUGUCCAUCUAGACCGUGAGUCAUCAGUCGAGGAGAGAUUGGAGCUUGCCUACAGAGUAGAAACCGAACCCCUUUUUGUGCAGGCCCGGAAUGUCCACAUGAUUACCAGAGCUAAUAUGGUUACCUAUCGAGGACCUACCAUGGUUGCUAACACUCUUCAUGCAUGUGCAAUUCUCCUCAAGAAGCAUCAGGAUUGGGAUUGGUUUAUAAAUCUCAGUGCUUCAGAUUAUCCCUUGGUGACUCAAGAUGAUCUUCUUUCUGCUUUCUCCGAUUUAAGGCGAGAGUUGAAUUUCAUUGAGCACACGAGCCGGUUGGGCUGGAAAGAGGGCCAGAGAGCCAUGCCUUUAAUAGUAGACCCUGGGCUCUAUAAGGAUACUAAGUCUGAUGUGUUUUGGGUCACACCCGGAAGAGCAUUACCUACAUCCUUCAAACUGUUUACCGGUUCUGCUUGGAUGAUCCUCUCGCGGGCAUUCGUUGAUUAUUGCGUUGAGGGUUGGGAAAAUCUUCCAAGAACCCUACUCAUGUAUUACACAAAUUUUGUCUCUUCACCUGAAGGAUACUUUCAAACUGUUGUGUGCAAUGCCCCUGAGUUUAAAACAACUGUGGUCAACCAUGACAUGCAUUAUAUCUCUUGGGAUGUUCCUCCAAAGCAGCAUCCUCACACCCUCACCUUGAACGAUACCCGAAAAAUGAUCAAAAGUGAUGCUCCCUUUGCACGCAAGUUCAAUCAAGGUGAUCCUGUUUUAGAUAAGAUAGAUAGGAAAUUGCUGGGCAGAAAUAAUGGCAAUUUUACCCCGGGUGGCUGGUGUGCUGGUAAUCCUCCUUGUUCUGAGCUUGGUGAUCCUUUAAGACUUAAACCAGGUCCAGGUACCAAGAGGCUUCGCCGACUCGUAGGAAGACUAGUUUUGUCUGAAAAUUUUAGUCAACAUCAAUGUAAUUAGAGCCAUAAUGUAUCACAUUCUUCACAAUGAUUGGUAAGAAAGCAGGUGGAUUAGAUAGUUUCAUUCAAAGAAUUUUUAUGAAAAUAAAAUGGGAUAUACUGU